GAUAUGUGAAAUACCAUGUUGCAUUACUUAUCAACAUUAGAAACUAGGGAAAAAAAAUUGGAACAAGGUGCUUUAGUAGCAGACCCGUUGAUUAUUGCUGAGCGUGUGGUGGAUCCAAAUAAUCCUUUUAAGAAAGAUGAGUUAUUUGAUAAUGAAUUUCUCUUUAGAGAAAUCGCUUACUUUAUUGCCAGAUUAGAUCAAUUUGAAAAUGCUUUAAUCUUUUUUAAUAAGUCUGUAUCUCAAACACCAAAUAGCAUAAGGUCCCUACUGGGUAGAUCGAAGGCCAGAGCGGCAGCAUGUUAUUAUAUAGGUGCAUUGGCUGACACGUACAGAGCGUUUAAUAUAGCACCUGAUAAUCCGACUGUGUCUGCUCAAAGAGCACUUAAUCUGUAUUAUAUGUCAGAGUUCGAAACCGCCUUAGUCCACAAUUUGAGACAUCUAACAGAAAGAAUAAAGCCGGAAGUAUUCUCAGAUGGAGUUCGACACUGUUCCAUUGCUAUUGAAAAUUGUAUAGGAGAAUCUGCUGGUACCCCUCUGCGUGAUUAUUUUAAAUUAAUAAGAAAAAUUGCCUGGGUAAAAAAUAUUGUCGCAUCCUAUCCCGACAACUUUAUUGCAAAGAGAAAAAGAGAUCAUAAGUUUAAUAUUGGAAAAAUAAUUUUGAAAAACAAUGCUGAGAAGGAAAAGAAGAAAGUCAAACGUUUAACUGUGAAAGACAGUCAACCAGCGAGUAAAAGGGAAAUAUACGACACUCUUCACGAUGUGACAGAAACGAGAAGCAAUAUUGUUAUACCACCAUUUACUCAAGAAUAUCCAUUUUCUCCCUUGCAGCAUUAUACAACUAACAUUGAAAAUUUUAUGUCAGAAAAGUAUUUAGAUAUCAUGUAUAGAGAGAAGAUCUUCCUUAAAAAUAUAAAACAUAAACAUGGAAUUGAAUGUCCAAAUGCUAAAGGAACAAAAAAACUUAAAGCUCUGGCUAAGAAAGCGUAUGAAGUCGUUUCGUUUAAACAGGAGCUUCUACGUACCCGUCGUCCAUUUUACCACCUAAAAUAUCAAGAAGAUAAAUGUACCACAAAUGUUGAAAGGCGGUUAAAACAAGAGCAGUAUUUGAUUCAAUUAAAUUAUAGAAAAGAGGCCGAAGCUUUACUAAAAAAAAUGGUGAUUGCUCAGGAAAAACAUAACCUUUUUGCGAUUCUUACAGCAUGUGAGCAACUAGAUUAUUUUUGUCAAAACAAAUCAAAGAAAUACCUUCCAGAUAAACAGUAUUUUAUGAGUGAAAUAUUUAAAGUAGUAAGAAAAGCCUUCUACGGGCUUUUGCGACUAAAUCCCAUACAGUUCAAAUGGGAUCAAGAGAAAAGAAUUAUGUUGUCCUUUGGGCUACCAGUAAGUAGAUGUCCAUCGAAUGAUUCUGUGAUAAAUAACUACCAACCUGCUUAUGUGGAUUUUAGAAAACGCAUAGAGACAUACGAACACAAAAUAGAACAGGCAGAGACCACUGAAGAGAUAUGUUGGUGUGCACACGAGUUAGGACGGUUUUAUUUAAGUACUAAGCAUUAUGAAAUGGCUCGAUCAUACGCGUUUAAUUGUCAGAGACAAGCAGCGAAAGAUCCUGAACUAUAUGAAUGGAGCGUAAAUGCAUGUGUUUUACUCGCUAAAAUUGAUAUAGCACAAAAAAUUAAGCCCGAUGCUAGGAAUGAUAUAAACAACGCUAUAAAUGUUGCAAGACAAUACAAGGAUGACAAAGUAGUAGAAUAUUUAACAUUGUGUUUGGAAGUAAUAGACAAAAUGGAAUUUGAUAUAUUUGGUCCACGCGUCUUAGAAAGGCGUAAAAACAAUAUUCUUAAAAUUAUGCAAAGCGAUAAAAUGAAAGAAGAAUUCAAACACUUGUUUUCACAAAUUAAAAUGCAAAGACCUGGUAGAAGAAUGACACUUGUACCCGGUAUGGAUGUUGAAAUCAAACCACAAAGAGUUACUUCUGGCGGAACAGGUAGCGCAAGUUCUCCGCCACCAAGAAGAACUUCAUUAAGCGUGAAAACAAGACGAUCAAGUCCAAAUACCUAUAAGCUGAAGAAAACAAUGAGUGUAAGUGAAUACUUGGAAAUUAACCAGUUCGAAUUAUAAAAUUUUCUAAAAAAUCAUUGUAGAAUAAUUUA